AUGGAUAGUUCUUCAAGCGAGUCACCAGCACAGUCGGAUGGUCGAAAUGAGAGCGCAGCACCACUACCCCGCAAACCCAUCCCCAGGAAGGGACAUACCAAAUCCCGCCGUGGCUGCUAUAGCUGUAAACGGCGACGUAUAAAGUGCAACGAGAAACAUCCCAAGUGCAAUCAUUGCAUCAAAGCAGGCCUUCAGUGCGAUUAUCCUGCAAACAUCAUCCAGACCACGCAGCGACCGCAAACAAUCCUAAACCCACAGGACAUGGGCAACUUACGGUCGGGGCCAGGCAUGUUUUCCAUGGCGGACAUGCGUCUGUUCCACCAUUUUCUCAUCACUGCAUACCCGCAUCUACCUGUAGGUGCAGACAAGGUAUGGAUUACCGUGAUUCCCAGCUUUGCACACAAUUACGAAUACCUCAUCCAUUCCAUUCUGGCACUAUCUGCAUCUCACCUGGAUGCCGUGACAAAUUCUGGUGUUGCCGAACAGGCUAUACAACAUCGCAUCCUGGCAGUCAAGUCGCUCAAUGACGCUCUAUCAGCACCCCCGAAGACCCAGUGCGAAAGAGAUGCAAGGAUGGCAGCCGCCCUAGCUCUUGCAUUCCAAUCAAGCCAUCUGCAGGACGGCAUGGCCGAGUUCCUCACAAUGGUACGCGGAUGUAAUCUGAUCGCGGGCGACGAAAUGUCGUUGGUCGAUGACUCAGUCUUCCAGGCAUUCCGCGAAGACGGCCAUCUCCAGACAAUGCGCAACCGUAUUGACAACUCAUCGCUAAAGAGUGUCAAUCAGGAGGAUCUUGACCUAGCCGCCGUAUCCCUUGGGUCCAUCGAAGCUCUCAACAUGUCCGAGUGGGAAAGAACAUAUUGGGAGCUCCUUGUUCGCAUCGUAGAGCACGCAUACAAGAGGCCGAUCGAGGCAUACACCACUUUUGUUACACUAUACAACAUUCCCUCACGGUGGACACACGAGCAGUUCCAGGCCUUCAUCGACGCUAACAACAGUGUCGCGCAGAUACUCCUCGCCCACUUCAUCGCCAUCCAAGCCAUCCUCACACCGAUUCUCUAUCUAGAAAGAGUAGGCUUCCAAGGCGUCAAUGCACCCACUGCUGUUUUGAGCUGGGUUGAGGGCAUAUAUUGGAACGUACCGUACCAGCUAAGGCAUCACGUUGAAUGGCCCAGACAAGUGUCAAAGUACCCUUUUACGAGAUUUCUGGGCCAGCAACACACAAGCUAUCGGGAUGUCGAUCCGCUUUUGCUAUGAGAGAAUGCGAUUAUGCGAGUCUUGUUAACGAAAUGAUACGUGUUUCUUCUUUGGCUGUCAUGCUUGGAGCUAUAUUGCCUAUUUUCAUGAAGCUGUGUCUGUUGCAUCUCAGCGGCAUAUACGUAUUAUUACUUGUAAUCGCAUUUGCAAAGUCCGCAUUCACAUUGAUCAUGCAGGGGUAGUAAUCGGUUUUACAAAAAAAAAGCUACAGAAUAUGCCAACCUCUUUAUC